CUCUGAGAGCAGCAUCAAGUCAGAUGUUAGACAAGAUAAAGACAUUUACAAGUACUUUUAGUUAUCGAAUGGCUGUUAGAGAUACUUUGAAGAAAGCGUCACAUUUGGUUGAUUAUUGUACUGUACUAGUUUUUUGCUAAAUGUCUUGGUAAAGAUAUGAUGUCUAGACCCAUUGUUUCCCUUGGCCAGGAGAGAGAGAGAGAGAUAGACUACAUGUUAUUAUGCCAAACUAGUUUUUUUUUCACUAAAAAGAUGCAAUCCUUUAACUUUGGCUCGCUUUUGUUACUCUAUUUGUAGUUCUUUAUUGUUAAAGAUGGUCCAUAUACAUCAUCUGCUUGAGGACCUAAUUUAUAAUUUUCUCAGCCAAUCAUACGCAGCAUUGUUCAUUGCACAACAGCAAACAUUUUUUCUCUUCUCUUUCUUUUCUUUCUAAAAAGUCAAAAUGAAUGAAUUUGGUGAACCAGAGGGUACAACAUCUAACUUGAUGGCUCAAAAGUCACAGUUGGAAAGAAAAUUUCAGCAACUCUUAGAUCAGAUUACACCCUUUGUACCUUACCGUUGGACAGCGACAGCAGUACUUUUGGUAUUGUUCAUGGCACGUGUCAUUUAUGGAGAAGGAUGGUACAUUAUUGCGAUACAUUGUUAUAAAAAGGAAAAGAUGUACUUAAUGACCAUAGGAAUCUACAUGUUGAACCUUUUCUUGGCUUUUUUGACACCCAAGUUUGACCCUUCAGUCGAACUUGAUACACAAGCAAAUGAAAUGGAAGAAGGUCCUUCCCUUCCCUUAAAGAAUGAUGAAGAAUUCAAACCUUUUAUUCGUCGUCUUCCCGAGUUCAAGUUUUGGUACUCUGUAACUAAGGCAACUCUUAUUUCUAUCUUUUGUACAAUGUUCCGUAUAUUUGAUAUCCCUGUUUACUGGCCAAUCUUAUUGAUGUAUUUCCUUAUCUUAUUCGGUUUAACUAUGCGUAGACAAAUCGGUCAUAUGAUCAAAUACAAGUAUAUUCCAUUUGAUUUGGGAAAGAAGAGCUACAAUAACAGAAGAAGAGUUUAAUAAAAUAAAUUUAGAAUGUAUAACACAAGACUCUUGUGCGCCCAUGUAUGACAAAAGAACACCCUUUCUUUUUUUUUUUUUUUUUU